GUGCAUAAGUUUAAUUUAUUAUGAACCUUCAAAAACAAAAUCAAACUAUAUAUUUAUUUUCGCUCAUAAUCGAGAUGAAUACUUUGAUAGACCUUCAAAGCCUAUAUCGAUGUAUUCAAAUUCAGAUAUUAUCUCAGGGAUUGAUACUACUAUAGAUAAAGAAGGAGGCACAUGGCUUGGAAUUUCUAAAAAAAAUGGGAAAAUAGCCACUAUAUUGAAUAUACCUACCAAGAGAAAACCUAAUAUUUAUAUAAAUUUACCUGAAAUCUUAAAUAAAAAUACUAAAAGAGGCUUUAUUGUCAAUGAUUUUUUGGCAGAUGUAGACCCCGAUAAGAACAGCAUUAUGAAAUGCGAAAAAUUAUUUAAUGAAAAAUAUUAUAAUCAACCAUUUCAUCUCAUAGCAGCAAAAUUCAGAUACAUCAUAUUAUUCUGGUUUAUAUUACUAUAAUAAUGAAACACAUAUGAAGCAUUCAAAAUUUAUUAAUCUUAUGCCUGAUAUAUAUUGCUUUGGCAAUUCAAAAUAUCCUGAAACAUCCUUGCUGAAAAAUAAAUCAAAUUCUAAACCAAAAUGGUCAAAAUUGCUAAGAGCUAAAAAAAUAUUUGAAAAGAUACUUUUUAAUGAUUAUGACAUAACAACUAAUUUUGGGAAUAAAGAUCAAAUCCUUGCUUCAUUAAUGAAUGAACUUCUUCUAGAUCAUCUAAAGUGUCCAGAUCCCGUUUUCGAAAAAGAAUUAUCGGAGGAAUACAAUUUUACCGCGAAAGAAAUUAGCUCAAAAUCCGCCAUCUUUGUCCAGCCUUUCAUUAACGAUUAUAUAAUACCUGAUGAGGGUGCUAAAAACGUAGGCAAGAUUGUAAACAAUUAUAUGCCAUUUUAUCGUUGCCGUGAUUGGAUGUCACUCCUGAUCAGCCGUUUUAAUCUGGUUUGGGAUGGGAACAAUUUGCCUCCAUAUUCGUUUAUCCUAAGUGAUGUAGGGUGUGAGAAGAAUUCCGACUCAGAUUUUGGAAAGUUAGGAAGAGUUUAUGGAACACGAUGUAGGACGGUUAUUUUGGUAGAUAAAAACGGUAACGUUGAUAUAAGAGAGGCUUCGCUCAAGCCCGAAUAUUUACGCCGAUUUGGACAAGUUAAAAUUGACUGGCAAACGGGAAUCAACUCGGAACAGGAAUUUGAUGGCGAACAAUAUUCGUACAACGAAGCCGAUUGGGUAGUUACUAACGUUAGCUUUAAAAUUGGCGAAUAAAUUGUAAGUGGGGGUCCUUAUAUACGGGCAUCUUCUUUAUCUAGAUUCUGCGCUGUCACUCAUUCAAACAUGAUCGAAUAUAAAUUAUAAAAUACAUAUACUUGUUAUUUGUUCGAGCCAUGAUAU